AUGUCAACAGAAUGCCAAGGUAAGAGUUCAUGGCCGGAGCUCCUAGGUGUGCCAGGAGCGACUGCCGUGGAAACUAUUGAAAGGGAGAAUCCUUUGGUCACAGCUAUAAUUGUGCCACCAGGAACAAGUGUUACCACUGACUUUCGAUGUGAUAGGGUGUGGGUUUAUGUUGAUGACAAUGGGAAUGUUGAUAGGGUUCCUCGUAUUGGUAAGAGCUCAUGGCCGGAACUCCUAGGUGUGUCGGGAGCUACUGCCGUGACAACUAUUGAAAGGGAGAAUCCUUUGGUCAACGCAAUAAUUGUGCCACCAGGAUCAAGUAUCAUCCUUGAUGUUCGUUGUGACAGGGUGUGGGUUUUUGUUGAUAACAAUGGCAAUGUUGAUAGGGUUCCUCGUAUUGGUUAG